CCGCGAAAUCGAUCUACUUCUUCAGCGCGAAAUUGAUCUCCAAACACGUCUCUCCCGCGAAAUCGAUCUGUUCUUUCAGUGAAAUCGAUCUUCUCCUUCAACGUUGUCUGCAACUCCCUCCAUCGACCUCUUCCUCAAGAUGAGUCAGCAACAAAAUGAUGCAUAUUUCACCAACUUGAUGAAUGAUGGGACUGAUUAUGAAUUUAUGGAUGAACCUCUUGACCAAGGGGAUCAGUCUUCCCCAAUCUCUCCUAAAAUAGAAACCACCAAGAAACCACAACGAGGUGGCAACUUCACUACAGAAGAAGGCAGUAUGCUCAUAUCGGCGUGGCUUAACAUUAGCUUAGAUCCAGUGCAAGGGAAUGAACAAAAAUCAAAGGCUUAUUGGCUAAGAGUGUGGGAGUAUUUCCACCAGUACAAAACUUUUUCAUCUAAUCGUAGUCAAACUUCUUUAAUGAAUCGUUGGUCAGCAAUUCAACUUGCCACAAAUAAGUUCAGUGGGUGCUUCGCCCAAAUCCAAAGGUUGAAUCAAAGUGGAAAGACUGACAAAGAUAAGAUUCUUGAUGCGAAGAAAUUAUACAAAGAGUUGUACAAAUCGUCAUUUCCAUUUGAACAUUGUAGGCAUGAGUUAAGAGAUCAACAAAAAUGGCGAGAAGAAUAUAGCAUGAAGAAACAAAAACCAAAAAAAGUGGCAACUCCCGGCGUUUGUUCUCCUAGUGCACCGGAUUCAAUCAAUUUAGAGGACAAUGAUGUUUCACAUAAUGACAAUGUAGACUUGGAAAGACCACCGGGUAGGAAAGCUGAAAAGGAACGUUUGAAUAAAAGAAAGAAUAAAGACCGUGGAAAUGAAGGAGGGACAUUUCUAUUUGUUGAUCAAUUAAAUACAGAUUAUAAAAUUGAAGUUGUUAGGCAGAAACUUGCAAAGCUUAAGAAGCAAAACACAACCUAA